AUGGCCACCCCUGCUGACAUCACCUCCGCAAUGAUCCCUGCUCAGCUGAGAGCCUCCAAGCAUCUGAUAUGGAGUCAUAGCCUUUUGAACCUCCGUGGCUGCGUCUUCUCCGUUGGGAGAGCUCACACGGGCCCAUCCAUGGAGACCGCUUCUUCCAGUUGCGAUAGCUUUUCGCAAGUAUUGGAUCAGCGGGGCGCCACAAUGGGUGGGCCGCCGUCUGGUUCGCCCCCUCCGUUCCAGGAACCAGUACACUCGUUGCAUCUGGAGGCGAUUGUUGUGUUCCAGCAUCCCUCGAAUCCAGAGCGGUUCCGAGCCAUCCAGGUAUAUUCCCAUGGGGGUUUGUUCCGGGCACUCCGUCAAGACUUCCUCCUCAUACCCCACAAUCACCACCUGCUCGAGGAGCCCACCGUCAAAACGUUGCAGAAUGAAGUUGCAGUAGUAGACUUUGUGACGCUUCACAAGAAGUACAACCAGGCAGAUGGCUGGCCGUGCGUGCUUGAGUUUGCGGUCUUCCUCCCCUUUCCAACCACUGUCCCUCCACUCCUGUCGCCAAAAAGGAACCCUGACCUUGGUCAGUUACCUUCGUUGGUUCAUGAUCUGGCCUUUGUGGAAGCCGUUUUGGAGCAUGCGCCAGCAGCUGGCAUUGGCUCUGGGAUUGGGCAGGACCCCAUUCCUAUGGUCGCCGAAAACUCCGUCGCCACUCAGCAAAGCUUCUCUCCGUCUGAGCCACCCAGGAGCCACUUCCCGGCCCAACCCGAUACAGCUCCCGACCACUCGUUCUCGGACAAAUCCCUACCGGCCAGUUCUUCGACUACGUCGCUCAAAGACUCGCUCAUGCGCAGCCUCCACCGCUUUGUCGGAGGGCAUUCUUCCGACGCUACCGGCCCGGACUUUCAUUUCGCCGCCCCGAACUCCUACCCGCCUGCCACCGACCGGUCCUUUCUACCGACCAUCGCCCAGCUGGAGCAAUCCGCCCUGUUCGCGCCCGGGUCCGCCGACCGGUUCCCCUUCCCCGGACAGCCCCCCCUGCUCGCCAACCUCCCGGGAGACAGCCCCUUCCGACCGGGCACGAAACCGGGCACGAAACCGCAGCUCCACGUCGACGUCCUGCACCGGGGGGGUGACUCCGAGUCCCUUAGCCUCGUCAGCCCGAGUAGCGUCCUCUUCCGGCGGCCCCCCUCGGCGCGAAGUGACCCCGGGUCCGUCGAAAACAGCCCCUGGCGGCCCCCCCUUUCUCCCGCCGGCCACCAGAACUUGCUCUCCUCGGGGGCCUGGCUGGGCGACCCAUUUUCCCCCCCGCAGCGCGGCCACCCCCCCCUGCAAAGCGUGAGCUCCCUGGAGCGCCUGCUGGAGCCGGCCGCCUUUUACACCCCCCGGGGCGUCGUGCGGCCCACCCCCCAGGCCCGGUGCAAAGCGCUGCGCAAAGUCGCCUCCGAGAGCAGGCUGGAGAGCAUCCCUCACCCCCCCAUGCGGACCCGCCCCGUCUCGGAGAAAAAGCCCCCGCAGGCAGAUCUCGGCGACCACUUUUUUCUCCCGGGCGGGUUCGCGCCCGCGCGGCCGCCCUCCCCGGUCGCCCCGCGCGCGCUCCCCCGCGGCUCGUCAUUACCGCCCAUGCCGCGCUCGCCUGAUCGUUCGAUUGCCCCCUCGUUUGGUGCGGAGCCGUUCCUGGCCCCCGGGUGGGGCCUUGCCGGGGGCGGCGCCGCCGCCGGGCCGCAGCAAAACCCGAUCGAGUUACUCCCGACAAGGCCCGACCUCACGGCCGAGCGGAGUGGCGAUUCGUUCGGUUCAGACGAACCGAGCUCGGCGGAACCCUCGCAGGGGGGUGCGCACGAGGGUUUGACCGCCCCGGGCCUCGGCCCCCCCGGAAUGUAUCACGGGCACGUUCACGAGCGGAAGCUGAGCCAGCCGGAGAAGAUUAGUCAGGUGACGAUUGAGAAGCUGCGGCCGUACUUCGACCUGCCGAUCAAGGACGCGUGCAAAAAGCUGGGCGUGGGGGCGACGAUAUUGAAGCGGCAUUGUCGUCAGCUCGGCAUCGUCCGGUGGCCGUACCGCAAAGUCAAGAGCCUCCAGGGGCUGAUUGGCGCCAUCGAGGGGUUUGGCACAGCCGGCGACGCGUCGCUUGGAAAGCAGGUCAGCCACGUGGUGGAGCAGCUGAAGCUGGAGAGGGAGCGCAUCGACCACGCCCCCGAUCAGGACAUCACCGCGGGGACGAAGAAGCUGCGCCAGGCGUGCUUCAAGGCGACGUACCAGAUGAAGAACGCGCGGAAGCCGCCGUCGCUGCAAGUCACCGACAGGGGGAUCCCCGGGGCAGGCGCGGGGAGUGACGUCAGCAUGCCAGGGUCAGGCGUGUCGGGGUUACCGGCGGACUGUGUCACGAGCACACAGGCUGCGAGUAGCGCGGCUUUUACAAGCUGCUAG